GCCAACACAUCUCCUGCUCUGUUGAUCGCUGUUGGUAUACCAUUUUUCCGUCUUUGACCACCUCUGAAGCAGCAAUCAUGACCCAGCUAGAGACAGCCAUGGCCAUCCUGAUGAAGACCUUUGAUACAUAUGCUGGUGUCGAGGGCAAUAAGGAGAGUCUGAGCAAAGGCGAGGCCAAGACCCUGCUGGAGAAGGAGUUGCCUGGACUGCUCAAGGCGGCAAAGAACCAAGACGCGGUGGACAAGAUGCUGAAAGGUCUGGAUUUUAACGGAGACUCUGAGGUCGACUUCAACGAAUUUGUGGUGCUGGUAGCUGCUCUCACGUGUGCCUGCCACAACCGCACUCCCAAGAAGUGAGCGUGGCGACCGCACCCUGGGGUGGGGCCCGGCAACAGCGACAUUAAAUCUCUUUAGUGACUGUGUUCUGUAACAACUGAAUAAACUGAUUUAUUUACCUGUG